GUGAGACCGUUAUUAAACGAAUAUACUAAUUACCUCACAAUAUAGGCCUAGAUACUUCCAGAUGUGGUGAUUUCAGACAUUGUUUGUAUAAUUUUAUUGCCCACCGGCAGAACCCUUGGCUGGCGCUUACGGAAACCUUAGGUGCCAUGUAACUCCAGUCCAAGAACACUGCUAUUCAGUGUAAAGUACUACUCUACUGGACUCACUACUUAGUUUACUGACAAAUGUACAUAAAUAACACUGUACUCAAAAUGUACACUUUUGUCUUAUUAAAUCAUCCAGUUUCACUUAGAAAAUUAGAUACCUAGAAUGCAAAGCAGGAUAAUUUCAUUAAAUUUGGUUUUUAUAUCAUUUGACAUGAUUUGACUAUUCUUAACAGUUCUAUCAGUUCCAAUCUAUUUUGUAGGGUACUUUUUCAAAUUUGAAAUAGGACACCUUUGUUAACUUUGUAAAGCUGGAUUUUGCAAGGGUGCAGAAAAUCGAAAAAGUUUGGGAACGUCUGCAGUUGGUGAUAGACUGAGUGUAAAAGAUAUUUUUAUUACUGACCAAGUUGAGUGACAGCUAUCAAAUAUGAAAUUACUUAAUCCAUUCAUUAGCAGGCCUGUUAAUAGUGUUAAUGUUGUUUUUGAGGAAUCUGAUAUCAAUAGUACUAUAUUAAUGAAUUUAAUGGAAUGUGAAUCUAUGUGCAUGAUUAAACUUUUAGUUAUUUUGAUCACAGGUAUAUUAAAGGUAUGGUCUCUUCAAUCAUGACCUUACAAAUUGGAAAAAUGUAACCUAGAUGUGAUGAAGCUGUAAAUGUUGUGAAAUCAUUGUUUAAUCAAUCACUGCCCGGCAUCUAACCUGGCUGAUUUGGACGUGAGACAGCAUGUCAAUGAGUCGAUUGGAUCAGCUUUAUCGAAGACUUCUACUAACUAAAUUUUUUACACAUGGCUGGGGCAAACCAGAAGAUUUAAAAAGGUGCAUUCUGUUGCUUGAGAUAAUAGGUCAAAUAAAAUAUUUUAACUUGGACAUUAAUAAUGAAGACCUAAAAUAUAUUUUAUUGUUCGAAAAUAAAAAAAUGCAUAUAUUAUAUAGCUAUUGAAAAUUCAGUAAGUAUGAACUUUGAAAAGUGAUUUAAAUUUUUUUAAAUGGUAUCCAUCAUUUCUCUUCUGUAUUAUUGUUUUCAGACUUUUCGCCUUUAGAAAGAUUCUGUCUAACCGAGACACUUGCCAGCACCUUGUCUCAGCUGAAUAUCCUAUAAAUAUUGACAAGGUUAGUAACAAUUAUUAUAUAAUAUUUCAAGAUUAUUGAAGAAAAAAAAAUAUUAAAGAAAUUUAAUGAAAGUUCAUGCCAUCACAUUAAAUUGGAAUUUUCCUAAAGCUCACAUACAUUACAUAGGGUGAUUUUAGGUUAUGGAAAAGUUUGGUAAGUAUUAGGGUUGAGAUUAUUUAAAUAAACUGAUUUAAAUCAUUAAUUUAUAUUGAUGUAAAUAAUGAAUUUAAUCAGUCCAAUAAAAAUCAUAAGUUAAAUAAUAUAGUUUUAAUUAUAUUUAUUAUCUAAUAUAUUUAUAAAUAAAGGCACUUGCUAAAAAGAAUUCUUAUUGAUUUUUUUAAUGCAUUACUGGUUACAUUACAUAUAUCUUCUUAAUAUGUAAUUAUGAUUGCACAAAAAUUUUAUAAUAAAUUACAUUUUUAUUUGAUUAAACUUUUCAUUUUUUUGUAGAUUAGAAAUCGACUUAAUAAGAGUUGAGAGAGAUGGAAAAUUAAUUUUGCUAUUGAAAUUACUUGAUCGCAAGGCAAAAAAAUAUAUUCAAAUAAUAUUAUGUUUAAUCCUUAUCAAUGUUUAUUUUGGCCUUGAUUUAUACAUGCAGGAAUAUAAAGAUGGAGACUGCCGCAUUUUGGAAGGACAUUUUACAUCUCCCUUUGUUCAUCAUCUCCCAGGUAUCAUGCCGAAAGAGGUGGAAAAAGCAACGUGAGUAAUUUAUUUUUGAACCAAAUAAAUGUUAUUUAUCAUAGCUCUUUAAAAAAUCUUGGACUCAUGACUACAAUGCUACAUUUCUCAUGACUACAAUGCUACAUUUAAAACUUUUAUCAUCUAACUGUAUGGUAGGAGAAUUUGUGGUCCGCUUUCAUGCCUACAUACCAAGUGAUUUUUAUUCUAGUUUUAUUUACACGCUAAAAAGCUUUUGGCAAGAACUUUUAACCAUUGUUUUUUAUAAACAUGUUAGCCUUAGUUCUUAAGUCCCUUCUCUUGUUCAUUUGGCCUUAAAUUAAAAAACUAUGUAGAUAAAAUGUGUUAUUUCUAAGAUAUUCAACAAUUUUUUUUUAAAAGUCACAGUUUGUUUAAAAGAAAAUAUGAUGUUUUAAAAUAAAAAUAAUGGUGAAGCUUUUAAAAUUUAAAAAGAUGCCUUUAAGUGACCAUUUAGUAAAUUUAAAUAAUUAACUUUAUUAACUGAUAAAAAAUAUUGUGACUAUGUAAAGUUUCCUUCUCAACAGAUUUCAAGUAAUUCUCCCUGUCCAGUGGCGACAUCAAACCUUGCGACCUAUUUGUAUUCAUUUGGCAGGAACUGGGGAUCAUGUAAGCUCUAUCUGUUUAGUUAAAAAUUACAUUUUUUUUAAAAAUCUAUUCAAUACUUUCAAUAAAAAAGGCUUAUAUGCUUAGGACAUUUUAAAUCCAGGUAGUUCAUAUAAUAAAUUAAAUAGUUAAAUCAGCCGCUUUUUUUUUCUUCCUAGUUCAGGGUAAUUAAGAACAUUAUAAAAUAUGUGUAUUAAUGCAAGGCAUGUCAAACAAUUUGGCUUGUCAUCUUAAAAUAUCUGUGUAUGUUUUUAUUCCUUCAUUUUCUUUUAGUGUGUCUGCAUUAGAUUUACUUUUACCCUUAAAAUUCAUUGUUAUUCCGUCUAAAAGUUAAUUUUCCCAUAUUUAUGAUGCCAAUUGAUAUCAUGAAUAUAUUUCUUAUUAAUGAAAUAUUUUACCACAUUUUUUUUUUAAAAGGAUUAAAAUUUAUUUAUAUUUGCUAUUUAUUAAGAUAUUAAUGAAAAUUCUGUCUUUUUUUCUCUGACACAGUAUUUUUGGCGGCGAAGAUUCUUUACCGCCCGUCCUCUGCUGAAAGAAACAGGAAUUGCUUCAAUUCUACUUGAAAACCCAUAUUGUAUCUUUUUAUUGUUUUUGAAAGAAAAGAAUGUUUACCUGGAUGAAAUAUGUUUUAGCUGAAGUAUAUUGUGUGGAAAGUUGUUAAGUCGCCACAUGUUUCAAUUCCUUAACCAGAGAUAAAUAGAUGGAACAAGAAAACCAAAGGAACAGCUGUAAGUAUGAGUGUGUAAGCUUAGAAGAGCAACUGAAAAUUGUAGUGUGGUAUAUAUGAACUAUGCACAUUCAGUAGGAAUUUACCAAAGAGUGUGUUACAGAUAUUAGGACCAUGAUUGUUGUGGAAUGUUGGAAAUACAGCAAGAAAAAAAUUUCCAACCGCCCCCAAGAGUUGAGGAUACUCUGAAUAAACACAUUUUUAAUGAUACAAUGCUAUGUUCUAUUUGGUCCCUGUGUAGGGCGAAGAUUAUUACUCAUUUAAUAAGAAAUGGUAUUACUGGGUGUUGACAUCUAAAGCCUGUGUUUAAACCUGACCUGUCAUUGCCUCUGAUCGUUUCAUAAUACAAUUUUACAAAUAUAAUCUUGUAUAUAAACUUUCUGAGUGAAACAUCUUUAUUUAACUGAAGAGAGUUUUUUGACCCACUACUUUGCGAAUAAAUUAGAUGGUAAGUGACUUAUCACUUCUCCCUUUUGUCUCACUUUAAAGUAGGAUUGCAGUACACAAAUGUAUAGCUUCAUUUCCACAUUUCCAGUUAUAUAAAAUCAGUCAUAAAUCAUUCUCUAAACCCUUUCAUUACUGCUGGUUUUGGCAUCAAUUUUUGCUGAAUCAGCCAUAAAAAAACUUAAAGAUGAAACUUCAGUAUUUGUUCAUUCUGUUUCCGAUUCGCUUAUUAACUUCUCUAUAAAUUAACUAAUAAAGAAAUAUAUAGCAUUGAAAUAUGACGUCGACAUGACGUCCUUGAUAUUUCAGAAAAGUUCUUUGCCUCUUUGUUAUGACGACAGUGUAACGUCCUUAAUAAUUGAAAGUGGAUGAUCGUGACGUCAGUUAAUUUGAAAUAGAAAACAACUUGUACAAUUUUUUGAGUAUUUCUUAAAGAUUGGUCCACUAUAAAGGUGUAUUUAAGCUAGAAAUGUGGAUUGAUUUCUUUGUUUGUCCCAGACGAUCAAGCCUUCACAAUGUGAGUGACUUGUUUGUGAUGGGUGGAGCUCUGGUUCUGGAGUCUAUGGCACUGCUGCACUGGUGUGAGAGAGAAGGCUGGGGACCUCUAGGACUAUCUGGCAUCUCAAUGGGUGGACAUGUGAGUGAUUUACGGGUUUACACAGUCUUGUUUAUCUAUGGGGGGAUACCCGGACCUUGUCUAUAUGUUUGGUUUAUUAGUUGAUCUUUACUUAAAUCUGGCCCACAGGAAACAAUUUUCAAAAUCUAUACACUUGUUACUUGUUUUCUAACAAAAUAAUUUUAGCCCUAAUCUAAUAAAAUAUAACUCAAGGUUUCCUAACCAUUUUUUUAUACUCCCCACCCCCUAAAAAUUAUUUGAAUCGUCUCACAAAACCUGUGAAUUAUUCUUCUCAGUCUUGAAACACCUACAAAAGUAAAAAUGCAUUUAAAAAUGUAAAAAAUACGAAGACAACUAUUGUACUUAGAAAAUAAACUUAAGACUUAUUGCAUCAAGUCAUAAAGUAAAAUGUUUAUGAAAUUUAUUUACAAAAUAUAAGCAAUCACUUAUAUCAUAACUUAAAAGCCAGUAUCUCCUCUAUUCUUAUUAUCCCCUUUCCUCACACCCCGUGAAAAGCCACUUCGCAUCCCAGAUUAGCAAACCCUGAUAAUGCUAUUAUGUCAGUUCCAUCUUUGUCUUUUAAUAUUUCUUAUAUAUGUUUUUUUAAACCUCACCAAGUGUAGUUGGGUUGGUUUAUUUGCUGUUUUAAAUUAUCAGCAACUUAGGUUCUGCUGUUUUGGGCACAAGAAUCCUACUUGUCUGUUAAAUAAAUAACCCUCUGUCAUUUUUAUUAAAAGAAAGAAAUAGAGCUGUAUUUAAAGUAAGGAAUAAACAAGGAAGCGCAAACACAAUGAUUCUCACACACACACAACACCACACCACCAUCUUGUUCCAGCUCUUCAAUUAUUAAAAAAAAAGAUUUGAAUUUUUAUUCAUAUACUCUGAUUUUUCUUAAUUUACAAUUGUGAGCUUAUUUCAGAUGGUCAGCGGUGCAGCAACCCUUUGGCCAAAACCUAUAUCUGUAAUCCCAAUUUUAUCAUGGACAACUGCGUCCAUUAUUUUCACAGAGGUAACCAACCAGAUGAGAGACACAUUUAUUAUUAUUUUCAUUCACUUUCAGCACUUAUGUGUUUUUCUUGACAUGGUUUGUGAGUUCGUGGCACAUUUUUAUCUUGCACCAAAAAAAUAAAAAAUAAAAAAAUGCUCAUCAUUUUACAAAAGUCUUUCGUGGCUGAUAAAAAAAUAAAGAAGAUAAUUUUUAAAAAUAUGUUAAAACACAAAAUUUACCAAAAUAGUAUCUCAUUAAAUGAUGAGCAUUUUUUUUGUUGCAGCUGUUCAACUCUUUACAAACAUAAAUCAGGUCAAAUACAACAAAGGGAUGGAUCAAGUGCAGUAAGUACUAAUUAUUUUCUAUCUACAGGGACACAGUUAUCAGCCCAAUGAAGACUUAAGCCUUACCAUUGAAAUCUUUUGAAUUUAUCUGCUGAUUUUUUUUCCCCCUUCUAUACAGCCAAAACAAUCGCAACACUUUUGGUAGUCUCCACCUGUUGAUUUAUUAAGCUUAAAUAUUUGCUUAAAACCACUAAACCUUUUUCUAAAUGUCAACCAUGUUUUUUUCUACCUGUCCAUCCAUUGGGUCACUGAUUCUGAUGACUGUGUUCCAUUCCAUAUCCAAAAUUAUUUGAAAAAUAACUAUGUUUGGCUCAGAUGGCCUCUUUGGCUGCAACAAACUGGACAAGACCUGUGUCUCUUGUACCUUGCUUGUCCUGGAGUACAGCUUCAUGUGUGUUCACGGAGGUGAGGCCUAUUCAAUAUUUUUUUCUUAGGUUACAUGUUUAAGAAAGAUAUUUUGUUUCCUGAAAAAUGGAAGCUCCGAGGGCUGUAAGUUGUAAGUAAACAUUUCAUUGAAAAAAAAUGCACUUUAUGAUUAGAUGUGAACAUUUAUGUGUUUUUUUUUAGCAAUAUCAUAUGUAUUCAAAAUUAUUUCUUUUAAAAUCUUUCGUGAAAUAAUUUUUAAAAUUUGAGCCAAAAUAUAAAGAUGUAAUUUUUUUUAGAAAUUCUAGAUGCAUUAAUCAUUAUGAACAUUUCAGAUUUAAUUGUAACUUUAAGUGGUAAACUUUUCAAACUGUAUUAUAAAGUGUUCAAGUGUUUUCAUUUAAAUGCAAAUUAUAUUAGAAAAUAUAAUUCAUUAUAAAUUAUUUAAAUAAUAAAGAAUGGAGACUAGGAGUGUCCUUAUAAGUUACAUAAUUCAGACAAUCUGUUUCAAAUGACCUCAUUGACUUUAAAAAGUCAUUCUGAGGCUACUGUGUUGAUGUACUAAUAUUCUCUACACCAAUUCUUUUUCACUGUAUUAAAACCUUUGCCCAUUUUUUUUUUUUUACUUUUGUCCCUGCCAGGGUGUGAUGAGUGGUGCCAUUCCUUGGGAGACACUUCAAGCCCAGUUCUUUGAGAACAGUGUUUAUCAAGAUGAGAUUAGAAAGCUCAUCAUUUCUCCCGAAGACGUAAGUUGUGAGCAUGUUCUUUCAUUCCCUGAUCACUGCCUUUCUGUCAGCUGCUGCAGAAUUAACUUAUAUUUCCUCCAUCUAAGCCCUAUUCCCAGAUAUUUUUAGCAGAAUAGAGGAGGGAAAUGCUUCUAUUUACAAGACAUCCUAUCUUUUUAUUACAUUUUCUUCAAAACAAGAGCAGAUAUAAUUAACUAUCUUUAAUAGAUAGUGAAUUUAGUAAUUCACUUCUGAUCACUAACUGUAUUUUUUUAAAUGUCAUUUUAGAGGCAUAUUAGCUUUUGCAUGUUGAACUGGAUAAAAAAUUUGAAAUGUAUGUGUUUACCUUUCUUGUCUCUGCUUAGAAUCGAAGACGGGCCUACGACAUGGGACUCCAGUUUGCCAAAGACUAUACAAACAACAUAGAAAAAAUGGAGUCCAUCCACAAACAGAGCGGACAGUCACCAGAGCUAUCACGACCUCAUAUUUCACCUGCCAUGGAAUUAUCAGAUUUAGUCAACGGCCAUCAAAGUCUACAUAAUGAAGAUACCAUUCAUAGAUCUGGCGUGGACAACAGUGAAAAAGCUGUAAACAAUGUUGAUAUAUUUUGUGGUUAUAAUUAUAAUGGUGAAACAAGUUCAAGUGAUAAGAGUUCUGUCACCCUGCCGCCACAAAAGAAACAUGUGGAUGGUGAAAGUGUGAAAAGUUCAAUCAAUUUAGAUGAGGUGACGCCACUGUCCCCACAUGAGUACAUAACUCGGAUACUGCCCAUUCCAUCCCCCAGUGAUACCAGAAGUAUUUCAUCCAUUCUUAUGAAGAAGGACUCCUCAAAAGUUGAAAUAUCUGCACAGCAAAAUACUCAAAUAAAUCACUCCCCUUCAUCAUCUUUAAGAUCAUUGGUGCAAAAUAUUGCAUCAACGGAAAAGUCUUCAAAAAAGGACACUCAGUCAGGUCCCAGGUCUCUGACUUUGAAAUAUGCCUUUGCAAAAUCCAAACUCAUGAUCUCACGUCAGCCAGUGCCUCAGUUGCCAUCCAACACGGAGCAGGUGAAGAACUUACAGCAGGAGGCACUUGAUUUUAUGAGGGGCGUCAUGGAUGAAUGCACACACCUGGGCAACUUUUCCACGCCAGUGGACACAGAACUGAUCAUCAUUGUGUCCGCCAAACAAGAUGCCUAUGUACCCAAAGAAGGUGUCCUAGGGCUGGAUGACCUGUGGCCGGGCUGUGAGGUUCGUUAUGUGGACAACGGACAUGUCGGAGCUGUUCUGCUACACCAAAGUGUCUUCAGGUAGAUUUUUUGUUGCUUGGGUCUGUAAAAAGUUUGAUGUCAUCAUCAACUGCAUAUUGUUGGUUGGAAGGGAUAAAGAAAUCAAUUAUUUCUUUUAAUACUCUUGCAGAUAACUUUGAAAAAAAAAAAAAAAGAAGAAAAAACUAAUCACAUAGUGGGCUACAUUAAAAGAUGUGUGUGCAAAUUUUCAUCAUGGCCUGUGGCUUUCCAGCACAUUCCCCAAAGGCUGAAGGAUAUGGAUGAUGCUCCUUUAAGUUCUUCUUUUAUCCUUAGUCAUUGUGAAAUGAAUAUUUCUCAUUGGUUGGUUGUUUUUAAUUAGCAAUAUUUUUCAUUGAACAAGCAAGAUUUCAGGGCUAGGAUUUAAAAAAAAAAAUUCAUCAUAAUUUUUUUUUUUCAAUUCCUUGUAAUUGUAAGUAUUUUUAAAGGCUAUUGGGAUGUCUAAAAUUCUGAAAUAUCUGCUUCUUGAAAAGAUCCAUCAAUAUCAGUGUUGAUUGGUUUUUUUCCUUUACUCAUAGGAAAGCUAUAGCAGAUGCAUUUGAUCGCCAAGUCAAGAAAUACAACUUGAAUCCCGGCACCCAGGCAAGUGAGCAGCAUCCUGUUGCUCCUGUUAAAACUGCAAAUCAUUCUUGAGUCAUCAUAGCAUGACGGCUUUUCAUUCUGAUUAUUUCAAUUAUCAAAAUCUAUUCCACGUUCUAGUUAAUGCAUAUCCAGUGUGAACUGUUCAACUGAAAAUAAGACAACAUUAAACCUUAAAGUGAUCACUAUAGUUGCCUUUAAAUUCUUUGCUUUGUGGAAUGUGUAGUAAUUUUUUUAAUUAAUAACCUAAUUCUAAUGAUUUAUGAUUACAUAAAUUGUGACAGUUGGAUUCCAUGUUUUGUCAUUUGGGAAGAGGGCUACCAAGUUGUUUUUAAAAUCUUUAUGGGGCCAUUCGUUUAUUAUGGUAGCACUGAGAGGGGGUGGAGCUGGUUUAUUUAGGAGAUUUUACCUACAUGUGCUUAUGGGGAAGGGUCUCGGCAUAAUGUGUAAGUACAUUUAUGCACAAAUUCUGCCAUAAUUAAAAAAUUAUCCUGAAAUUCUUAGUUCAUCAAUAACUUAUCUAUAUUUCUAAUAUCACUUUGUGAAAUCCAUGAGUUCUAAUUAUUUUGAAAGGCUAUAAAUUAUACUGGGUAGCCACAAUGUUUUUUUAAUUAUCAUCAUGCUGAUGCUACCUACUUUCACAAAUGAAUCCGCAAGAUAUGGCAAGGUAAUACUUUGCCUGGUGAAAACUUGAGUCCGCCAUUCACCUUUGUAAGGUUUAGUGUGUGUCAUGCAAAUUGUGAUGGAAUCAGGUAUUUCAGCUGAACCAAAAAUAUCCAUUAAUAAAGAUGCAAUGUAGGUACUUCUUUAUUUGCUACUUAAAACAUGUGAUUUAAGGGGUGGGUAGGUGGGGGGGGGGGUGUAUUGUUGGGAUGAAAAAAAUGGGGAAAUGAAAUUAAGUCAC